AUUGAUGGUGUUAGAAAGUAUUCAUAGUUUUAUUUUUGACAAUCAUGUUGCCUGUUACUAUAACUUAGUCAUCACUACUAGGCAGCAGGUAACAGGCAACAGAGAAAUUCGUAUCUUGGACGAGUUACCGUGUCAAGUUGAUAUGGGCGGAGCUGAAAACAGGCGCCACGUCGUCACAAGUGCACCGGAGUUCCGGAGUUAAAGAAUCCACAAAAAUACCGGGCGGCUUCCGGCUGCACUUUCCUAUUUCUUAUUAUUCCAUCGGGAAUCAUUUAACCUAAUCUAAGAUGGCUUUAAUAUUCAGCCACAGACUAAUUUGUAGACUUCUUUUUCUUUUCUCAACAAUCAUAAAUGCGACAAGAGCGCAUAGGAAUGAGACCAAAUUGCACAUUGCCAUCGUCGGUGCUGGCAUCACAGGUGCAUCCGUCGCAUACCAUCUCAAUUCGGUCGGGGCAGACACAUCAAUCGCCAUAACAGUAUUCGAAAAGGAUGCUCAGCUUGGUGGACGUGUUCAGUCUAACCAGUACUAUGGUAACCUGGUGGCCGAACUUGGAGCCUUACAUUUCUCUGAAUCAGAUCAAUGCCUCAUGAGCGCAGUCGACUCUUUCGGCCUGAAUAAAAAGCCAGCAAGUCGUCCAGUAGGAUUGUGGAAUGGCACUGAGCUACUCCAUGGAAGUCAGGGCUUGGGAUGUGCUGUCGGUGUUGAAGCGGGAUCUGGAACGCUGCGAGAUCUCAUCACCUGGGCAAGUCGUGUCUAUUUCCCUCCGCCUCAGGUGCGUGGCAUCAUCAAUAAGGCCAAAGAGGAUCUUGUAUUAUGGGCCACAAGAGUUAGGAAACACGGAGUCUUGGCUCCUUGGAAAUUUCAUCAUGCUUCUGCCUCGGACUUAGAGAGAUGGAAGCAAUUUGGUAGUGAAAACAAUGAGCCUUUCAACAAUUUUCAAUCCGGGUUAGACAGCGCAGGGCUGUCUGGCGAUGUACUCGGAUCCACGGAGGAGUACGCAGGUCUUGCGGGCUCAAGAUUCAGCCGGGAGGCAGUUGAACCCUGCACCCGCGCCCUCGUCUCACAAAACCUGGAUCAUGUACGCGCACUCUCAGCGGUUAUCUCAGAUGAUCCGGGGCGUGUCAUAUCACUUUGGUAUGGCAAUGUAAGACUGAUCGAAGACAUGAUCAAGCGAUCGGGUGCUAUCCUCAAGACAGAUUCUAGAGUUACACGAAUUAAGACUGCGGCGGACCGUCGCUACUCCAUCAAGACAGAUGGUAACGAUAAUAACGGCGAGUUUGACAUAGUCCUCCUAGCUGGCGGUCCGAACCAAGAUCUCUCCUCCAUCUUAUCCGAUGUUCUUCCACCGCACCAGAUCCCGGCUCCAUCGCACUACACGGAAACACACGUCACCCUUUUCACCACCGAACAACCUCUCCAUUUACCACGAUCCGAGUCUCCAGAACAAGACGUCGCGGUACCCCAAGGUAUCAGUGCAAUAUACUUCACCAACAACUUCAACUCAAACAUGCCAGAACUCCUCCAUGCCUACUCCAUUUAUGCAGCAGGGAACGAUGAGGAUUGCGAAAUCGAAUUCGAAUGUGAUGAGUUCGUCUAUCGCCGCGUCCACCGCAUCGUUUCCCGAAGCGCGUUAAGCGACACCAAUAUUGCGCGACUUGCGGGCUUGUCGCUCGAAGCGGGGGAGACGCUCGAGGAAAAGGACAUCACAGAUGUGCGACGCGCUGCGUGGCCACAUGCUUUCCCGAUCUACGAAAACCAUGGCGAUGAGUCCUGGAAAAACAUCGAGCUGGCGCCUGGCUUGUUAUACCUUGGGGGUGGGGAGAAGCUGCACAGUUCGCUGGAGAUGGGAUGUCGCAUGGGAAGAAAUGCCGCGAGGUUGAUGCGCGUAAUUGGUGAAGAAGCAGGACGGGUACGUGCUUCCGAGGAACUGGAAAAUAGACACGAUGGUUAUGUCAAGGAAUUGUGAAAUAUUAUGAUGGGAAAUCCACCAGCUUAUGCAUGCUCCCACCGACGAGAUAGUGGCUGCUUACUUGCAGCAUACCGACGAGAUGUACAUACACUAGCUACAGUACAAAAGCAAGUAGUAGAUACACAUCCAAGCCUACGGACUGCAUAUGAUGUACCUACCUUGUAGUAGGUACUUGACAUUAGCCCUGCAUUCUUGAGCAUUCAACACUUCUAUCUACGAACCCCUCGCCUUAACCUCCAAAUAAACAUCCCCAAGCGGCAAAACCGGCGGCAUAGUCUGAAAAUCCAUAUAAACAUUCUCCGGACGGCCCACGCGUCCCCCUCCCAGCCUAACAUCCCACUUACUCACAAUAUACG